AUGGACAGCCCGUACCAGCGGGAGCUCGCCCUCGCUUUCGCGGCCCUGCAGGGCGCCGCGCGACUCAGCCAAUCCAUUGUCUCGUCGGCCGACAAGGGCGCCAUCUCCAAGUCGGACCUCAGCCCCGUCACAAUCGCCGACUUUGCCGUCCAAAGCCUGCUCAUUGCCACCUGCAAGGCAGCGUUCCCCGACGACACCUUUGUCGGCGAAGAAGACGCCUCCGACCUGCGAGCCAAUCCCGCGCUUCUGGAACGUGUGUGGCAUCUGCUGCAGGGCGUCAAGACGUUCCAGGAGGAGGCCCAGUUUGCCGUGCCGGAAACGAAAGAUCAGCUAUGCAACCUUGUCGACCAGGCGGGCAGCGGCAAGCCUGGCGGCGGCAGAACGUGGGUGUUUGACCCAAUCGACGGAACCAAGACGUUUAUCCGCGGAGAGCUUUACGCCAUCAAUGUAGCGCUGCUCGUGGACGGUAAGCAGGACGUGAGUGCCGUGGCGUGUCCAAACAUGUCGAUGAACGCUACGGCUCCGCUGAACAAUCCCGACGUCGACCCGUCCGGCGAGGGCUGCAUUGUCUACGCGGUCAAAGGCCAUGGUGCCUGGGUUCGUUCUCUCUCGGGCAAUGCGGGCAACGUCCAACAUCGACAGCUCCCACAUGUGUCUUCCGUCACAGCCCCCGAGGAUGGCCUGCGCUUCAUCACAUCUGUCGCCAUGGCAGAUUCAGCCCUCGACGGCGUGCACGAGGCCGUCGCCCAACGUCUCAAUGCCGCAUAUCCGGGCUGUGACUUGUUGCCCUGGGUCUUGCGCUGGGCGGCGUUGGCCAUGGGCCUCGGCAACACGACGGUGUGGGUGUACAAACGGCGGGAUCGAUAUGCCAAAGCUUGGGACCACGCUGGUGCGAUGCUGUUGUUUGAGGAGACAGGCGGCAAAAUCACAGACGUUCACGGAAAGGAUAUCGACUUGGCGGCCGGCAGAAAGAUGAGCGCCAACUUUGGCUUCGUGGCGGCGCCGGAGAGCUUGCACCCGAGAGUGCUGGCUGCGGUGCAGGACGUGUUGCGAGAGGCCGGACACGAAGAGCUGCUGAGGUGA